UCUCUGUGCUUCUGCAUGUGUGAUUGCGUUUGGAGUUUCAUUUUACUUCUUCUUNAAUUUGGAGCCAUAAUCUGAUUAUUGGGGUGUUAAUUGAUGAUGGAGAAGAAGUGAAGUUGCUCAUGAACUAUCGUAUGACUAGAAUGAACAGACAAGUGAUUGAAUCUGAUAGUGGGCAUCAUUUGACAGGGGAUAAUGAGUCCUGUCUUGAGGAGGCAAAUGAGAAACCAUGCAUUGAUAAUGUAAUUAGCCCUUUUGCAGCAACAGGAAGUGUGGGAGUGACGAUUGAAUCCAAUUGUAGUGCAUCAGUUCAGGUAACCGAUAAGGUAUUAAACUGCAUGGAUGAUAACCGAACAAAGGGAUCCUCGAAAGACACUGAAUCUCAACCUGUGCUGGAAACCCAUGUGAACGAUCCAAAAUCUUACUCGGAAAUCGAACUGAAAGAAUGCGACAACUGCACCGAAUCGGAACCUUGCAGUGGAAGUGGUGAAGACCAUUGCAUAGGGAAAUUAGAGAAUGAAACACUGAACAACCUAAAGGUAGAGUCCGAGCCAGUUGUGAAAGAUGGUGAAAUGGACACGUGCAUGGAGGAUCGUAGUGUUGGUGUCGAGCCGUGUACUGAAAAUGGAGUGAAAGAGCCUACUAAUGAUGAUGUGCACUCUGAAGUUUCGAAUCCAAAUCCUUCCCCAAAGCACGUUGCCUCGAGUUUGACGAUUAGCAGCCAAGUAGAUGUGGUUGGUAGUGAUCAUGGUGGCUGUGGAGAAAUCACAUCUGUUUGCCAGAGUUUAUAUGCUGAUGAGAGUUUCUGUGAAAGCAAGUUGGAAUCGUUUUCCAAAGAUAGUGUGGUUCUUGAAAUUCCAAAGCAUGUUAGGCCCAGUGGUAUUAGGAAGAUCACAUUUAAGUUCAGUAAACGGAAGGUGGAUAGUGAUGGCGACAAGUUAGCUGCUGUUGAGCCGUUGGAUGAUUACAAAAGUGACGAGGGGUUUUAUGAUAACAGAGUAUCUUUGUCACCCUCAGCACGCUUAACCCGUAAUGACUUUGAGAAUCAAGGUUGGAGUGCUUUGGAGAAUGAGGAUUUGAAUUUAAACUUGGAUUGCAUGGAGAUUCAGGACUCUCGCACCCCUUCGUUCUGUGCCCCCAACAGGGAACUGAAGAUGUCUAAGAAGGUCGUCCCAGAUAAUUAUCCCACUAGUGUUACAAAACUUUUGUCUACUGGGAUUUUGGAAGGUGCCAGAGUUAAAUAUAUUUCGAUAUCUGGCAUGAAGGAGAUUCCAGCAAUCAUAAAGGAUGGAGGUUACUUAUGUGGUUGUUGCAGCUGCAAUUUCAGUAAAGUUGUUAGUGCUUAUGAGUUUGAAAUUCAUGCUGGUGCCAAAACUAGGCAUCCAAAUCAUCGUAUAUAUUUGGAGAAUGGGAAGCCUAUCUACAGCAUAAUUGAAGAACUAAGGAAUGCCUCUCUCAGUACAAUUGAUAGUGUUAUAAAAGCUGUGGCAGGUUCUUCUGUAAAUGAGGAUUACCUCCGGGCCUGGAAAGCAAAUUUAGAAAAUGGAAGUGAUGUGGCCUAUCCCAGCAGUGUAUGUUUAGACAGGCAUUUUGACAUGUCUCAGUCCACCACCAGUUAUUUUACUGAAGAGAGCCCCUAUCUUGCUUCAUGCCAGUAUUCUCUUAUAACUCCCUUCAGUCAGCCACGGUAUAUGGAGCCGCCAGUGGAGCAAAAGCGCCUGGUCAAGAAGCCUAGGCAGAAUAACUCAUAUUGGGAACAGAAGAAAGUUGGUGAAGGUGGCAACAAAAAGAGGCAUGGUUUCUGUCUUCUGAAUGUUAAUGGGUUAAUAAUGUAUGCCAGGGAUAAUGAUUUGCAUAAACUACUUUUCAUGCCUAAUGGACUGCCUGAUGGAACCGAUGUGGCUUAUUAUUCUAAAGGGAAGAGGAUUCUUAAGGGUUACAAGCAGGGUAAUGGUAUAGUCUGCAGUUGUUGUAAUUCUGAGAUAAGUCCAUCGCAAUUUGAGGCCCAUGCUGGAGGAGCAGCGAAAAGGCAACCUUAUCGUCAUAUAUAUGCAGCCAGUGGGUUGACACUUCAUGAUAUAGCCUUGAUGUUAGCAAAUGGCCAAAAUAUUAACUCCAGUGGCAGUGACGACAUGUGUGCUGUAUGUGGAGAUAGGGGUGAACUUAUGAUAUGCAACGGAUGCCCUCGAGCUUUUCAUGCUGCUUGUUUAGGUUUACAGUGUCCCCCCAGCGGUGAUUGGCAUUGUCAAUAUUGCAAAGAUAGAUUUGGUCCUGGCAGGAAAGCAUCUUCUGGGUCACGACAUAUUAUUCUCAGGUUAAAUAGAGUUGUCAAAGCACCAGAAUUCGAGCCUGGUGGUUGUGUUAUCUGCAGAUCACAGGAUUUCAGUGCAGUUAAGUUUGAUGACAGGACAGUGAUAAUUUGCGAUCAGUGUGAAAAGGAGUAUCAUGUCGGUUGUCUGCGCGAGUUGGGAUUGUGUGAUUUGAAAGAACUUCCUGAAGAUAAAUGGUUUUGUCGUGAUGAAUGCCAUAAGAUUUUUGAAGCACUUCAGAAUUUGGCUUGCAGUGGUCCUGAGGUGAUUCCAGCUUCAGUAUUGGGCACAGUUUAUGAGAAGCACGAAAAAUUAGGUUUCAACACCACACAUAAGAAUGAUAUCCAGUGGUGUGUCUUAAAUGGAAAAAGUCGCUUUCCCGAGCAUAUAUUGCUGCUUUCUCGAGCUGCAGCUAUCUUUCGUGAAUGCUUUGACCCUAUUGUUGCCAAGUCUGGUCGAGAUCUCAUCCCAGUUAUGGUUUAUGGGAGGAACAUUUCUGGUCAAGAAUUUAGUGGAAUGUAUUGUGUUGUUUUAAUUGUACAGUCAGUCGUUGUAUCAGCUGCUCUUCUUAGGAUAUUUGGAAGAGAUGUUGCUGAACUUCCUUUAGUGGCAACUAGUAGAGAAAAUCAAGGAAAGGGCUAUUUCCAAGCUCUGUUUUCGUGCAUUGAGAGGCUUCUUUCGUCUAUGAGUGUGAAACACCUGGUCCUCCCUGCUGCUGAGGAAGCUGAACCUAUGUGGACUAAUAAGUUAGGUUUCAGAAAGACGAGCAGUGAACAAAUGCUCAGGUACAGGGAUUAUCAGCUAACAGUCUUUAAGGGGACAUCCUUGUUGGAAAAAGAGGUACAACAGUUGCAGGACUAAUUCAGCAGAUUGGGCCUACAGCAGAUUGGGCCCUUUUAGACGAACCCGAGACAUGAAACCCUGUCGGCAAAAGGGUGAUAUCUGGAUAUGAGUGGUUUUAUAGCCAUGGCUACUCUGGAAUCUUAAAUUAGCCACAAAAAUCAUCAUUAUGAAGUAAAACGAGUGUUAAAGGCAUGAUCUUUAAGGAGCCAUAUCUGUGAUGUCGGUUAUCAGAGAAGAUGUUGACUUUUGAGGAGCAUCACGUGUCGGUUUCAGAAGACCGAAGGAUUUGAAUUUGGAUUUGGAUUUUUCAGUUUUUGUAGAGUCCUUUCGGUUUUUGGCCUUCACUAAUGGAUUUAGUAUUGCGUGAUGGAUAUAGACAAAAUAGUACAAAUGUUACUUGGGAAUUCACAGGCAUGCUGUCGUUUUAAAUUUGCAUGCGUGACGAGCUUUCUUGUUAUUUUUCCUCCUCAAUUUGUUUUUCCUUGCUGAGAAGUGAAGAAUAUUUUUGGAUAUGAUGGUUUGUGUAGAACGAGUAUUUUGUCUAGUUUGUAAUCUGACGGGAACAGUGUUUGAUGGAAUUAAAUCGUAAUGGAGUUUGUGCUGUGCUUUCAGGAGUUAAGAUGUUAGUUCAACGAGGUCGUGACUUACUAUUUUUUUUUUUUUUAAAUGAAAGCGCUCUUCAUUACUACGAAGAGAUUGAAUUAUGUAGCAGGGGA